AUGGAUGAAUCUUCUAAGACUGACAGUGAAAGUGAACCAGAAGAAGAUGAAGAUGAACUUGACGAGGAGUCAGAAUCCAAUGAAAGUGAGGAAGGACGUCGGGGGCAGGGGGCAAAGGCAAAAGCGAAGUCCAAGAGUGCAAAGGCUGAGAAGGCAAAGCCAAAAAAGUCCUCAAAGGCCAAGGCAGCAGUGAAGAAGAAGGAUAAGAAACCAAAGAAGUCAAGGCAAUCCAAGAAGAGUGACAACAUGAUGUUUCGCUACGCUGCAUGGCGUGCUGUGCCGGAAACCCACCUCAAAGACUUUAUGGCGUCAGCCGAGCCCAAGCAAGCCAGUGCUUUGAAAAUGGCGGCUUUCUCAGGACGUGAGGUUCGUCGAGCUUUCUUCGGAGACUUCCGUCAACCCCCAGGUCGCAAGCCCGACAAGAAAUCGAAGGGUGAGAUUCGCAAGGACCUGCUGAAUGAGUAUGAUGCUCUGGGCAAGCCGGGGAGUGGGAAAACACUCAGGGCUGUUGUGCAAGAUGUGGAAGACGAGAUGUCAAAGAAUUUGGAGUUUUCAAUCAACAAAGACGGGAAAACCUUGUAUCUCCUGUGCGGUGGAAAGAAACGAGUCAAGCUUGAAGAUCCCAAGUUGAAACCGCAGAUCUUCCGUGAGACGAACACCGGCAUUCCUUACAUGACAAAUGGAAAGACACAGACUCGCUGUGUUCGUUUCUUUCAGAUGGCUGAUGAUGUUGAAAGCACUGAGAAUAAGAAUGAGAUGGGUGACAAUAAGGUUCAUCCAGCCCCAGCUGGUUUGCCCAGUACAGGUUUGGUGUUCAACAAAUGUCGACUUCGUUAA